CACCAAUUAACUCUAAUCAAAUCAUCCUACUAAAAAUUUUACUAAACCAAAAAAAAAAAAAAAAUGGCAAUGAGAUGUGUCGUUUCAUUCAAUAAACUCCGUCGUUUAAUGGAAAAUGGAAAUGUAGCUCAUCUUCGAAACUUUAGUGAUGGAAAAAUACUAGGUGAAGAAGAACGUGCUCAAGAAAAUAUUUACAUUCAGAAAAUGGAAAGGGAGAGAUUGGAGAAGGCAAAGCAGAAGAUAGAGAAAGAGAAAGCUGAGAAAGAGAAGGGUGAUAAGAAAGCUGAAGAAGGGGCUAACAAGAGCUGAAUUGACAUUCUCAAACUCUUGCUUUCAAGUAAUCUUUGACAAAUAAAUGGAUAAUGACUUUGUGUUACUCUUUGAUACUGUUGGUUUUUGUACAAAGUGUUUCAUAGUUAUUAUCCUCCAUGUUCUUCCUCCUUGAAGUUCUUUUUUGGUUGCAACUGUAAAAACACGUUUGGUUCGAGGAUCAAAUAUCAUCUCUUUUGAACCAAGUUUAAGUUUCAGAUAUCAAAUGAUUGAAUCGAAGAAAAUAAACAAUGUAUGUGCAUCCUA